AUGCGGCUGUGCACCUCGAUUUUCGAGGCUCUCUCACUGUUCAUGGUUCGCAUCCUCACCGGGCGGCGCCAUCAGAUUCGGUCGCACUGCGCCCACAUCGGUCACCCAACCGUCUACGACGGCAAGUACUCCACCAGGCACACCACCCAAGGCGAUGCCAAGUGGUGCGAACAGAAUUGUGAGCGGUUCAUGUCAGAUGGUUUUGUUGCCAACAGCUUCGCCAAGCUUUUUCUGCCUCCGCUCCUGAAGAGACGCGCCCGCGAGAAGCAAGCUCUCUGUCGAGGCACCAACCGACUCAUCGUGCGGCUGAUCGACAGUGGAGAUCAGUACGCCGUGAAGCCGGACAACCUCAGGACAACCAAGGAAGAAGCGGAGAAGCUGAUGGAAAGCGAUCUUGAGGAUGUGUCCAUCUACAACCCUGCCCUCCAGUCUGAGGCCCAGAAGCUCCGAGAGUCUGGCAAGCUGGACGAUCUUCAGAGCGAUCCAGAGCUCCAGCCCAUCUUCGAGGAGUCUUACUUGGCCAUGGGCAGACUUCUCCUCGCGUUCUGGCUGGCUGCUGACUUUGCAGCUGCUGAGAUGCAAGUUUCUCACGCAGAGGUGAUGCCUGGCCCUGAGCUCCCGCCCUGCGACAACUCGGAGAUCGAGGUGGAGGAGGAGUGCCCCAACGCCACCAGCCAGGGCCUGGUGUGGACAGCGUUCUCACGGGAGCUCUUCGACGCCCGCGCCCAGCUCUUUGGGAUCUCUUUGCAACAGGCGGUCUUAAGGGUGCAUGAGCUGCUCUCGCGAGCGACGCGCAAGUUUUCAGACGCUUUCUCUUGCACUGGCGCAGUGGUCAGCACUUACUUCACCUUGGCAAGGCUUCUGGUGAUGCAGGGCCGUCUACGACGGGCUCUGUCCUUCCUUCACCUGGGCUUCAUCUUCGUCCGCGACCGCGGCUUCAGCGAAUGCUCAACAUGGCCGGCGGCCGGUUGGGAUGUCAUGUUGGCCGGCCGAAGUCUCACUGAGAGGGUGCGCCUGCUAGAUGACGAGUCGGUCAUGAAACUGGAUCCUGGCUACCGACUCCAGGGUCUGCGCGUUGCUGUUGUCACCAUCUGUGCCUACGCGGCCGAUGCUCCUGUGCGAGUCUUGUGCGAUCAAAACCGUCAGAUCUACAAAGCGCUCCAUGGAUACGACGUGCACUUCUUCACGGACGCUGCGCAGAUUGCGCCGAACGAGGCGGCAAGGAUGAACGUGAAGGAUGGAGUUCACAAACCUUUCUUCUGGAAAGUGAAUGCUGUCAAGAACAUCCUCGACACGGGGAAGUAUGAUUGGGUCCUUUGGAUGGACUGUGAUGCCUUCUUCAUGGACCCAGGACGGACCAUUGACUCUGUGAUAGCCAUGUAUAGUGGCAAUCUCACUUCAGCCACGAAGAACACAGCAUGGUCUCACGACUUCCUCCAGCGCUGGUGGGAGUCCGACAUAUUGGAAGGUGCAGCUGCAAGGGAUUUUGGGCUCAGGGCUUCUGCUAAGACCCCUCCAUCCCUGGGCCCAAAAAAUUUCCUGGAACUCUUGAGGUCCUGUAUAAGAUCUCGUCGCCUCGAAAACAUGUGCAGCCAGGUGUGCAUUGCAGAAGCCCCACAACAAGGGAGGGAAUCUCUCCAAAUUUAUUGGGACGGCACCGGGGUUUAG